AUGGAGAACGCUUUCGUGAGCGCUUCUGCGAUUACAGACCAAAGGCAAAAGAUAGAGCAGUAUAAGCACAUUCUUGCUGCAGUGAUUUCGUCGAACGAUAUCGGUCAAGCUAGAAAGUUCAUAGAUCACAUUUUAUCAGAUGAUGUUCCUUUAGUGGUGUCGCGGCAGCUUCUGCAGAGUUUUGCUGAGGAGUUGGGGAGAUUGACGCCGGAGACGCAGAAGGAGAUUGCUCAUUUUAUACUUGCUCAGAUUCAGCCUCGAGUUGUGUCGUUUGAAGAACAGGUUUUGGUUAUUAGAGAGAAAUUGGCCGAGCUUUAUGAAUCUGAAGAGCAAUGGUCAAAAGCCGCUCAGAUGCUCAGUGGUAUUGACCUAGAUUCAGGAAUGAGGGUAAUUGAUGAUACAUUCAGGCUAUCAAAGUGUGUCCAAAUUGCCUGUUUAUACCUCGAGGACGACGAUGCUGUCAAUGCUGAAGCUUUCAUUAAUAAAGCGUCAUUCUUGGUUAGCAAUAGCCACCAUGAAGUGCUGAAUUUGAAGUACAAGGUUUGCUAUGCGAGGAUCUUAGACCUGAAGAGGAAGUUCUUGGAGGCUGCCUUACGAUAUUAUGAUAUUUCUCAAAUUGAGAAAAGGCAAAUAGGGGAUGAGGAAAUUAAUGAGGAAGCACUUGGACAAGCUUUAUCUGCUGCCGUUACAUGCACAAUAUUGGCAGGUGCAGGACCUCAACGUUCCCGUGUUCUUGCCACAUUGUACAAGGAUGAGCGUUGUUCAAAGUUGAAGAUCUAUCCCAUACUGCAAAAGGUGUAUUUGGAAAGAAUUCUUCGAAGGCCUGAAAUUGAUGCUUUUGCAGAAGAACUGAAACCACAUCAGAAAGCCCUUCUUCCAGACAAUUUCACUGUGCUGGACCGAGCAAUGAUUGAGCAUAAUCUUCUUAGUGCAAGCAAACUUUAUACUAAUAUCAGCUUUGAUGAGUUAGGCACACUACUGGGAAUCCCACCUCCCAAGGCUGAGAAGAUAGCAUCACGAAUGAUUUAUGAGGAUAGGAUGAAGGGAUCUAUUGAUCAGGUUGAAGCUAUCAUACAUUUUGACGAUGAUACUGAAGAGUUGCAGAGAUGGGACCAGCAGAUUGUUGGCCUAUGUCAAGCUCUCAACGAUGUUUUGGAUAGUAUGGCUAAGAAGGGCAUUCCAGUUCCUGUUUGA